AUGUCGAACCCAUUCAUCAUUCCUCCCCCUGAUGUUCCCAAUGCCAUCAUAAGCUUUCCAUCACCGCAUGUUCUACUCGUCACGCUCAAUCGGCCCAAGCAGCUGAAUGCAAUUCCCUCUUCCUUGCACUCUCGCUUCGACGCCCUCUGGCGUUGGUAUGACAGCGAGCCAUCCCUGAGAUGUGCUGUGCUGACCGGUUCGGGCCGUGCUUUCUGCGCCGGUGCAGAUCUCAAGGAGUGGAAUGAGCGACACAACGCCUCUUCACCACAACAGCAGGAUCAAGAAAGAGCCGCCAAGAGUGAGCGCUGGAUGGCUUCCGGCUUCGGCGGGCUGUCCAAUCGCGCCGGAAAGAAGCCCAUCAUCGCCGCUGUGAACGGCUUAUGUCUUGGCGGUGGCAUGGAGAUUGCCAUCAACUGUGAUCUUAUCAUUGCUUCAGCCGAAGCCAAAUUCGGACUGCCAGAGGUUACCCGCGGCGUGAUCGCAUUAGCGGGCGCACUACCUCGCCUGAUUAGAACAGCGGGCAGACAACGGGCCAGCGAGAUGGCUCUCGUCGGUAGAAUGUACACCGCCGCCGAGAUGCGCGAAUGGGGACUUGUGAACAUAGUGGUGGAGAAAGGGCAAGACGAAUUUCUUCAGGAGGCUAUCAAGUUGGCGGACGCUGUUGCAGCAAACAGCCCUGACGCUGUGAUCGCGUCGAAGGAGGGAUUGCGGCUCGGGUGGGAACCAAUCGGGCCUGAGCUGGGUACGGAUAUCAUUGAGCGAGGUAUCUAUGGGCGAAUGGAUGCAGGCGAGAACAUGAAGGAGGGUGUGAGGAGCUUCGUUGAGAGAAGGAAGCCAGUGUGGAAGGACAGUAAGUUGUGA